AUGCGAAAGAAGCGAUGUGAACGCGAACGCGAAGAAGAGGGAACGAUGACCUACGCGACCGCGGAAGGAUGGAUGCGACCGCGAAGAAGGAAUGUGAGGCUGCCAGGAAGUGCUUCGCGAACGCGGAAGAACGAAGAGGAUCCAACUCCCGGUGAUUAUACAUACCACUGUGAUCCUUCUGGUUAUCCUCAGAACUUCCUGAAGAAGGGCUUAGAUGUCAUAUAUCGCUCUGGACCGUGGAAUGGUCGCUCUUUCAGUGGGACACAGAACUCGAGAGAAGGUCAUUUCUACACAUUUGGAGUAUUUUCAAGUAAGAUGGAGGUGUAUUUUGGAUAUAAGCUCACAUCUUCAAUUAUCGUGAGGUUGACAUUAACUCAGAAUGGUAUCCUACAGGUUUGGAUUUGGGGUGAUGGAAAACAGGGUUGGGUCCCUUUCCUCUUAAUACCGGCAGAUAACUGUGAUAUGUAUAAGUUGUGUGGUGCAUAUGGUGGUUGCAACAGUCAAUAUUCUCCUGUAUGUGGAUGCUUAGACAAAUUUUUGCCCAACAAUAGGGAAGCUUGGAAGAAGACAGACUGGUCAGGUGGUUGUGUUCGGAGAACUGAACUAAAUUUUCUUCGAGGAGACGCAUUUUUGAAGUAUCCACAUAUCAAAUUUCCAGACACACGGAAUUCAUGGUCCAAUGUGACUAUGACACUAGAAGAAUGCAAGAAUAUCUGCUCUAAAAAUUGCUCUUGUAUGGCUUACGCAAAUCCUGACAUACGCGAUGGAGGAAGUGGAUGCUUAUUGUGGUUCGAGGAUCUGUUUGACAUUUGGCAGGGAGCCAACGGAGGGCAAGAUAUCUAUAUUAGAAUGGCUGGUUCUGAAUCAGGUAGGCUUGUUGCUACUUAUAGAAUUCUCAUGGAUUACCUUAACAUAGUAAAGUAA